AUGCCUUUCUUUGCUACAUUUUUCAAGCAGUCGACACAAUCACAGCGUUACAAGCCGCUAGCUCGUUUAACCACCUACAGUGGUUCCGUUCAUGCGCUUGCAAUUUCUAAUGACGGUCGUAUUCUUGCAGGUGGUGGCACCACAGGGAUAAAGCUCUGGAAUAUCAAUUCUCGCAAGGAACUCCUAUGUUCGUCUCAUCAUGAAUCCCGCGGAACAGUCAGUUGUGCAGUCUGGACCACAACGAGGCAAACCGCAGUAGAGACCCUCUGUUACGGAACAGGCCUGGGUUAUAUAACAUUUUUGCGACGUGGUCUCAUAGAUGAGAUUUGCGCAAGGAGACUUGGAUCGGGUUUUGAGAUUACUUGCCUAUCAUGCCAUCCAACUUCUUCUGAAGGCAACGUACGGAUUGCAGUUGGAACAAGAGACAAGAUUGUUCAAGUUCUCAUACUCAAUACGAGCUCCCAGCUCCAGUCCGUCUUCGCGGUGCAGCUUGAAAAUACAGUACCCAAGUCUGUAGCAUUCGCGGAUAACAAAGCCAUUUAUGUAUUUGGGCUGUACGAUGGCAAAUUCAUGAAACUGGAGGAUGAAGAUGGUACUAUAGUGGAGGAAGUUAGCUUGGCCACUGCAGCGGUGUACCAAAAGCGUGGGGUUUUCAUUGUGGACAACGCAACAGAUGGCUUUACAUUGUAUCGCCUAGAAGGCAAGGGGGAGCCCGUUCGAACAUUUGUGACUGCUUUGCCAAGCUUGUCAGUCCUGAAGCAAGUGGCAUUUGGAGAAGAAGGCAAGGAAGACGGAGCAGGUACUCGAAACCCUCCAUCACGCAGAUGCUGGCCUGGUACAAACGAUAACCAACGUGCGAUCUCGAUGGCCGCUGCACAAUUGCCUGCGCUUCGCCAGCAAGGCAUCCAAGACUCCCUCGCAGAAUUAUUGGUCCAUCUCGCGAGUAUUGAUGAUCCUGAUGCAAAUACUGGCAGUGCUGUCGAUGAGUAUGUUCCUGCCAUGAUGUUUGACAACGGCCAAACGGAAGGACACACAGGAGGACCCGAGAAUGAUAUCAGGAUGCUCCAUGAACUAGCAAAGAAGCUCAUGGAACUAGCUGAAAAAGCAGGUGGAGAGAUCGAUGAAGAGAGACGCAAGAGCCUGGAUCAAAAGACUAACCAUCCCAGAGUAGCAACGGUAGAUGCAGAUAGGAAGGACAUUGCUAUCGUCCUAGCAUAG